AUGUCUUCCGACACCCCAAAUAUAUUUACAUUCAGAGAUAUACAAUUGGCCACCGAUAAUUUCGCGGCUGAAAAUCUGAUAAUAGAGACUAGCACUUCAAAGGUUUACAAAGUGCAACGUUUACAAUCAGAAGAGGAUGAAGAAGUCGAGCUUUUCAAUGUCCUGGUACAUGUACUUAAGGAUGCUUUUACGGAAGAAAAUGAGUUUAGUAUGCCUGAAGUACUUGUCCCUCUAAAAUCAGGGCAUAAGAAUAUAGUUCUUGUCGUUGGGAUUUGUGGGCAGAUGGCGGACGGAGAAGUUAAUAUUACGAUGAUGGUCACACAGGAUGAGGCAAAUGGAAGUCUGGAUAAACAUUUAAGUAGCAAAACCCUGACUUGGAUUCAAAGAUUGCAGAUAUGUCUUGGUGUUGCACAUGCAAUACGUCAUCUUCAUCCUUAUGUGGAGGAAGAAGGUGUGAUACAUGGUAACAUCAAAAGUUCCAGAAUAUUAUUAGAUGAUAAUUGGGUACCCAAAUUAUUUGGUUUUGAUUUCUCAGUCUUCUUGGCACAAAGUCAACCACUUGUACGAAUAAGUAAAUAUGGAGGUGCAUUACAGUAUAUGGAUCCGGCAUUUGAGAACACGAGGAGCAUAAGUCACAAGUCAGAUGUUUUCUCAUUCGGGGUGGUUUUAUUUGAAGUCUUGUUUGGGCAGAAAGCAACUAUUCGGAAUGGUAAUCAAUGGUAUUUUGCUGAUUUGGCAAGACACCAUUACGAAAACAAAACAUUGGAUGAAAAGAUCGAUUCACAUCUAAGACAACAAAUGGACUCACAAUCAUUACACAUUUUCUCACAAACAGCAUAUUACUGUUUGAAGGAGCAGCGAGAACAGCGUUCAAAUACAAGUCAACUUAUCAACAAUCUUGAGAAAGCCUUGGAGCAUCAGCUUCGACAUGACAAUCUUAUACAUACAUCAUCGAUGAUCAUGUCUUCCGACAGCUUUGAAAAGCCUGAACCCAUAGAAUUCACAUUCAGAGAUAUACAAGUGGCCACCAACAAUUUUGCGGCUGAAAAUCUGAUAGUAGAAACUAGUAAUUCAAAGGUUUACAAAGUGCAACGUUUGCAAUCAGAAGAGGAGGAAGAAGUCGAGCUUUUCAAUGUCCUGGUACAUGUGCUUAAGGAUGCUUUUACGGAAAAAAAUGGGUUGAGUAUGACUGAAGUAUUUGUCCCUCUAAAGUCAGAGAAUAAGAAUAUAGUUCUUUUUGUUGGGAUUUGUGGGGAGAUGGAUGAAGAUAUAAAUAUUACGGUGAUGAUCACGCAGAAUGAGGCAAAUGGAAGUCUGGAUAAACAUUUAAGUAGCAAAACCCUGACUUGGAUUCAAAGAUUGCAGAUAUGUCUUGGUGUUGCACAUGCAAUACGUCAUCUUCAUCCUGAUGUGGAGGAAGAAGGUGUGAUACAUGGUAACAUCAAAAGUUCCAGAAUAUUAUUAGAUGAUAAUUGGGAACCCAAAUUAUUUGGUUUUGAGUUCUCAGUAUUGUGCGCAUCAAGUCAUCCACUUGUACGAAUAAAUAAAUAUGGAGGUGCAUUACAGUAUUUGGAUCCGGCAUUUGAGAACGCGAGGAGCAUAAGUGACAAGUCAGAUGUUUUCUCAUUCGGGGUGGUUUUAUUUGAAGUCUUGUUUGGGCAGAAAGCAACCAUUCAGAAUGAUAAUCAAUGGUAUUUUUCUGAUUUGGCGAGACACCAUUACGAAGCAAAAACAUUGGAUGAAAAGAUCGAUUCACAUCUAAGACAACAAAUGGACUCACAAUCAUUAGACAUCUUCUCAGAAACAGCAUAUUACUGUUUGAAAACGCAGCGAGAACAACGUUUUAACGCGAUUCAAGUUGUCAAAAAGCUUGAGAAAGCUUUGGAGCAUCAGCUUAAACAUGAGAAUCCUGAACUCGCACUGAUGGCAGAUAAAGGUACAUUGAUCGACAACUUGAAGGGGGAAAACUUGGAUCACUUGAGGAUCCAACUUAGUGAUAUAAAGUUGUCAACAAGGAAUUUUGCAGAAACAAACCUUAUUGGGUCGGGUGGAUAUGGUAGGGUGUAUCGAGCAGAACUUGAUCAUUAUGAUAGUAGAAAUGCAUUGUAUAUAGAAGAGAUGGAUAGAGAUGUAUGGCCCAAAAGGCGUAGCAUUGUAGCUAUUAAAUGCAUUCGUGGCACACAAGGAAAGCAAGGAUUCUUUGCAGAAAUUGAGAUGCUUACUAAAUGUAAGCAUCAAAACAUAAUUUCUCUCCUUGGAUUUUGUGAUGAAGAUCCUCAUAUGAUCCUUGUUUAUGAACUUGUCUCAAAUGGAAGCCUUGAUGACUAUCUGGGAACAAGCUCAUCUAACUACAUCAACCAAACAUGGGCUCAACGUAUACAUAUAUGCCUUGAUAUUGCACGUGGGUUGCGUUAUCUUCAUUCCAGCACAAAGGACAAACCAACCAUUAUACAUCGAGAUAUUAAGAGUGCAAACAUUCUAUUGGACAACAAUUGGAAUGCAAAGAUUGCUGACUUUGGGUUGUCAAAACUACGCCCUAUGAAUCAAAUAGGCAGCACCCUUAAGACUAAUACUAUUGCGGGCACAGAAGUGUAUUUAGAUCCAGAGUAUAACAAGACAGGUAACUUGAAGAAAGAAUCUGAUUUAUACUCCUUUGGGAUAGUAUUAUUUGAAAUAAUGUGUGGGAGGUUGGCAUAUGAUAACUUUUUCUAUGCCAACAAUGAGAAGGGGAUUCCAUCUCUUGCACGACGACUCAAGAGUGAGGGAAGAUUAAAAGAUAUGGUAGAUCCUAAUAUAAAGCAAGCUUAUGGAAAUAUCUUUACGAUAAACAGAGGGCUCAAUCAAGAUUCUUUGAACACAUUUUCAAGAAUAGCAUAUCAAUGUGUAGAAGAAGCUCAAGCAAGACGUCCAACAAUGGAAAAUGUCAUCAGUGAACUUGAAAAAGCAUUAUCCUAUGAAAGGUCAAUAAUUGAGCUAAGCAAAACUCAAAAUUCAUAUCUGAAUUUGGUUGAAUAG